AUCACAUUUCAGCUUGUCGGUACUCUGAGAUCUCACCAUCAACCGCGAACAUCGACAAAGUGGUAUAUCAACGUGAGACGCGUUCUCUUUAAUAUCGCUGCUUAACAUACACUCACGCAUUGAUCCGAUUACAUCCGACCGAGCGCUCCAGCCGCAGUGCAGCGUCCUGAGCCGAGGCGACCCGAGUCAUCUGCGCCUGCACCCAGCUUCGAAGCUUUGCCUCUGCCGUCACCAAAGAUCUUUGGAGAUCACGAUCGACAGUACAAUCAUUCUUGCAGGCUCGUACACAUAAGGUAGCCGAGAACUUCCCUCCGCAAGAACAUAAUGGACACUCCGACAUUCCCGCCACCGAAGGAUGCCGUGGAGCAAGAGGUCCUCGAUAGACUUGUGUCCAUCCGCGACAAACUGCAGCUUCUCAAGCAGGAUCGCAAGACGUACAUGCAAAAACAACAUGUUAUCCCUUUAUACCAGGAAACCGUUGAGCAAGUCCGCCGACUUAAUGAGUCUCGUUCCGGCGACCAGAAGAUUGAGGAGAACAGAGUCGAUAGAGUGCUGGAUAGCUGUUUUCAGCUUCUCUCGCUCUGCUUCAUGACGAUUGGCCAAAACAACAGCGCACCGGCUGCUUAUGCUCUUACCGCCACCAUCAAGCGACUACUAGACCACUUGACAGAGGUCGACUUAUUCAGUGCCAAGGAUCUUGAAUCUAUAUCAGAGACGCUCAACCAGCUGUCACGCAAUAUCAAGCACAGUUCCGAGUAUUCCUCGCCGUACUUGAUUACCCUUCUCAUGAACCGACUCGACCUUUGCAAGAGGUCUUUGGCCAGCCUCCAGAAGCGCUUGAGCCGUCUGGAGGACCCAUUGCCAAACGUGCACGAGAAGCUCAUCUCUAUAUUGCGCUCCAUAUCUCUAGCCAACACACGAACAAAGUUUUCGGCAUCAGAAGUCAAAAGCCUGCGAGCGCAGCUGAAGGAGAUUGACGAGAAAGUCAAAGCCAAUAAGUACUUGACAGUGGAUGGCAGGCAACCGGCAGGCAGCGAGGAUGUCGACUUCUUGUUGAGGAAGUGUUUGCUUUGGUCGGACAUUGUUCUCGAAAGGCGGGGUGUGAUAUCUGAGCCGUUCAAAGCCACCUAUGACAUUCUAGUACGCAUCAGGAAUGAUCUCGAAACCCUGUCUAUCACUAGCAAGUGGUCCCUUCGCGAGGCAGACCUCUACGACUUUCAGCGCCAGCUGGACAAAAUCGAUGAAAGCCGAGUAAACGGAAACUGGAAGGAUGAAGACGGCAAAGAAGCAGAGCUUUAUAUUCAGAGGGUGAGUCCCGCUGCGUUAAGUUACGGUUACAUCUACUUCCUGAUGAUUUCGUCGAACCCAGUGUCCGAAGCUUUGCAACCAACCUUCAACCAACUUCAAACGUUGAAGAAAUGCUUGAUCGAAGUCAGGAACAAUGGUGGAGUAUCAACUGUGAGGGAGUUGUACCCCUAUAGCCUCAAGCUCAACUCAAUUGACAACUUGCGAGUCGACGGCAAGUUCAUGUUCAACGGCGAUAUUCCCGAAGGCCAAGGAAGCGUCAACGAACUCUUGGCCGAAUGCUUCGAGAUUAACUACGAGCUACGAGUUGCAGCCGAGGCGGCAGCCGAGGCAGUGGACGUGGACGAUGACGAGGAUGAGACGCCAGUAUCGGGAGAUGUGGAUGCCGAGGCCUCAACCGAGGCCCUCGCUAAGGCUCUCGAGGAUUCGAAGCUUGAAAACAAGUCCGAGGGUCAGGUAACAGCUUAAGGGAGUGUGUGCUCAAGGCUCCGCCUGACUUCCAGCUUCCCUUCGCGCUUUGUGCGACAAAUUCUUGACGCAAGGCACAUGAAAACGGUAUUUGGAGUUUUCCGGUCAAGAUAUGCGGCAGACUUAUUACUUGGGUGGUUACCACGGUGUUUUCGCGGUCAUUUACUGCACUGUUCCAAGUCUGCGGUUGUACUAUUCAAUUGUUACAGGCGGAGGUUUCAGGCUGGGAAGGGGGCAAACCGGGAAUCGGCGAACUGAGGGCGUUGUGUUGUUCCCGGCAUAAGGAUGUGUUGAGUGCACAUGAGUAGCGUCAAUUAAGGUCAUGGGUCGCUCAAAUUAUAUGAAAGUUUCCCUA